AUGCUGACUGACGAUGUUGUCGCUGAAAUAUUGGCGAGGGAAGCGAGGGAAGCCUCCAUCAGAUAUUCUACCAUGGGACCCCAACACAAGGCAAAGCCGAAUACACGAUUCUUAGGACGCAUAAUUAAGGAAACGGAAUCUCACAAUGCCGCCCUUUCGGCCAGAGAGGCUGCUGAAGCCCAAGCCCGUCUCGAUGUCCUCACUCAGCAAGAAGGAAGAAAGCGGCGAAGACUCGAUCUUUCUGAUGCAGACAUCAGGAGACGGCAAUUAGGGAACAUAUCCUCUAUUCUUCAAGGUCGCAGGCAGGAUAGUGAGACCAGAAGGUUAGGCAGAGAGAAGCGCGAAGAAUGCAGUCGGGAACGAAGUCAUUGUGAUGACCGGGAUCAUCGGAAGAAGCGAGACAAACAAACAGAAAGGGACAAGGAUGAUAAGCAUCAUCCUCAAGGAACAACGGAGCAUAGGAAUAGUGGCAGGAGGAGCUCCCAUCGCAGCUAUCAAGAGAGGUCACGCUCUCCAUCACAUCGGGAGUCCAGUUAUCGCCAUCGUUCUCCUAUCAGCAGCGAGUCUGGGUAUAAGCGAUCACGAUACUCGAACUCUUUCCAGGAAAAAUCAACGAAAGAUAGAGAAAGUGAAGAGAAGAUUUGUCAUCGCCAAGUCGAUAACAAGCCCACGCCCCCAGCAAAGAGCCCUGAAUUAUCCCACCCAGAUGAUUCGGAUCCUUUGGAAGAUUUCAUAGGUCCUGCACCGCCGCCGAAGUCUCUGGUUCGGACACGGGGCAGAGGUGCCAUCAAGGGUCCUGCAGCACUGGAUGGCCGAUUUGCGGACGACUAUGAUCCCACCUCGGAUGUUCAGCCAGAGGUCCAUGAAACCGACAGCUGGGACGAAGCAGUAGAAGUAUACCGUGAUCGACAAAAGUGGAGGCAAUUGGGUGCAGAGCGGCUUCGUGCCGCUGGUUUCACUGAAGAACAAAUAAGGAAGUGGGAGAAGGGUGGAGAAAAAGACAUUGAUGAUGUGAAAUGGAGCAAACCAGGCGAAGAGCGAGAGUGGGAUAGGGGCAAGGAAAAGGUAUACCUUUAG